AGCUUGGCCUUAAUGGCGGAUUCUGGACUAUGUCAACAAAUAUCCCAAGGUGUUUUUAAGCUCCUAACAGUCAUGAAAGAUGAUGAAGUGUCUUCUGCAGUGCGAAGUGACUUUUACAUUCUACAGCUUGCACAAUCAUUUUUCAAUAAACAUGGUCAAGAUCCCUCCAAACAUGAAUAUAUUCGACAAAAGAUUCGUGAAGUUGGAAGGCUUCUGCUGAUCCUCCGGAAUGAGUUUUCUAUAUACAACAUUGAAGAUGCUGUCAGGCCCUCAAACUUCCAUGUACUUGUUCAAGCAGUCAAGAGAGUAUCUGGCUUUGAAGAAGACAGUCAUUCAUAUAAAACUCCUAGCCUUGCUUUGAAAUUAGGACACUCGUUGCACAAGAUCAGUGACCUUAUAUGCUGCACAGCUUUAGUAUCAGGGAAUGAUGAGCUUAAAAAUUCAUGUCAGGCUUUCAAAUCACUUUAUUCAUCAAAGUGGUCAGAACUUGUUUCUCACAGAGCUUUAACAACCUUGAGUGACAAGCGCUUUAACAAGCCUUCCACGCUUCCCUUCACUGAGGAUGUUCAGCGUCUUCACCAGCAUUUGGAAAAGGUCGCAAAUUUAGCAUCUGACACUUUGAAAAGUGAUCCGUUACCACAAGCCUAUAGGGAACUGUGCAGAAGUACAUUGGCAAAAAUCAUUUUGUUCAACCGAAGACGAGGUGGAGAGGUUUCUAAAAUGCAGCUGUCUGCCUUUCUAGAGAGGGACACCACUCCCUUGCAUAAAGAUGUUGCAGUUGGUCUUACAGCAUUUGAACAACAACUUUGUGCCCAUUUCAGCAGGGUAGAAAUAAAGGGGAAAAGGGGACGAAAAGUUGCUGUGCUUUUAUCACCAGACAUGGUUCAAGCCAUCAUCCAGCUCAUUAGCAGAAGAAAGGAAUGUGGAGUGCCAGACAAUAACACCUUUCUUUUUGCUAGACCCAACUGUCUAACCCCUUACAGAGGACAAGACUGUCUGAGGGUUUAUGCAAUGACAGUGGUGCCCAAAACCCUGAACUUCUAAGAUCAACGCAACUUCGCAAGCAUGUUGCAACAUUGUCCCAAGUGUUAAACCUACGAAAUCACGAACUGGACCAAGUUGCAGACUUUCUGGGACAUGAUAUACGUGUUCAUAGAGAGUAUUACAGGCUACCAGAGGCUACGACUCAACUGGCAAAAAUUUCUAAAUUGCUUCUGGCAAUGGAAAGGGGGACUUUGGCAAAUCUGCAAGGCAAAACACUGGAGGAGAUCGAAAUUGAAGAUGAGUUGGAACUGACUGACACUGAAAGUGGACAAAGUGAGGUUGAUUGUGACCCGUCCCCACUUGUAAAUGAUACUCAAUGCUCUACAAAUCAAGAAUCUAAUGAAUCUUCUGGUGAUGGUUUAGGAGAAGAGACAUCACAAGGGAGAACAUCCUCUAUGCCAUCUACUGAGAAGCCGUCAGGCACAGUAGAAGAUAUGACUACCUUAAAAACCCUCCCCCCACCUCACGGAUGCAGAAAACCUCAAUCUCCUGUUGAAUUACCUGGGACCUCUUCUGGAAAGGGAACGGAGAUUAUUGCACCACCAACUGAAAAACCUCAGAACCCCAAGAUGAUUUUCCUGAAAAGGACCAUCCUCGGAGAAAUCAAAAACGGCCCUGGUCGCCUACAGAAAUUGCAGCAGUGUUGAAACAUUUUCAGAAACACAUCGACACUGGGAAGCUGGCAACUUUAGUUGAAAUUCAACAGUGUCAACAGGCAGAACAUCCUGCUUUAAUAAAUCGCUCACUUCAGAACAUAAGAGACUUUGUUAGAAAUCGUGGUGUGUCCAAAAAGAAAAAAGAAAAAGCUAAAAAUGUCAGAUAAAUCUUCAGCCUAGAUGUUCUAAACAAAACCUUAAGAACGUUCAACCUUUUUUUUGGGGUUUUUGCUUGUUUAUUUUUGCAGUUUCUAUAAUGUGUUCUGAUUUCUAAGUUGGUCCAAGACUGAUGUUGUGUGAAUAGACUGAACAAAACUUGAACUCUUAAUCAUUUUCAAAGUAAUUCAGAAGAUUGAUUUUCAGGUUGAUGAAAAAGGCAAUGCAAAAUUGUUCUAGUAAGUCUGUCUAAGAGCUUGUGUUUUGGUUUGCUCCCAAAAAUAAAAAUAGCAAAAGACAAUGUCGUUUGUUUAUUCCAUAAUACAUUUUCAUUUGUGUAGGUCUGAACAUUA